UGUGUGAAUGUGAAUGUCACUGUAAUGUAUUAUUUUCAUGAUUAUUAUGUAGACGCUUGUCGGACUCUCUUUUCCAAGGUGAGCGGUGACAUUUUAUUGCUGGGGCACACAAGGAGAGACGUCUCGCGGAGAGAAUACAACAUUUACUACCCGCCCGCUGACAGCGACCCUCGCUGAACCCGCGCGUUACUGGUGUGGGGAGCCCAGGCUGAGGGGGGCGGGCGCUGCAGGGCGUCGGAGGGAGAUGUCAUUCGCAGACGUCCUCCGCGGCGGUGACAUUGAUCUUUUUAUUUGUUUUUACUAUGACCCAAGAACAGUGCACUCACAGGAACAAUGUCCAGAGCUCAGAGAAACCGCACGUGUACAGAGUGGGGAUUUACGGAUGGCGGAAGCGUUGUCUUUACUUCUUCGUUCUCCUCCUCAUGUUCCUGAUUCUCAUCAACCUCGCUUUGACCAUCUGGAUCCUCAAAGUCAUGAGCUUCUCAACAGACGGUAUGGGCAAUUUAAGAAUCACAGAGAAGGGCCUGAAGCUCGAAGGGGACUCCGAGUUCCUCCAACCUCUGUAUGCCAAAAAAAUCGAGUCCAGACCAGGCACCCCUCUGUUCCUCCAAUCAUCCAAAAAUGUCUCUGUCAACAUUUUAAAUGGAAAUAAGCAGAUGGUCACGCAACUCGUUGCAGGGUCUAAGGGAGUGGUGGCUCAGGGGAAGAUGCUGGAGGUCCGGUCCAACACGGGGAAGCUGCUCUUCUCCGCAGACGACCACGAAGUAGUGGUGGGGUCUGAGCGGUUACGAGUUAUGGGAGCUGAGGGAGCGGUGUUCAGCGGUUCCAUAGAAACUCCUCACGUCCGAGCCGAACCAUUUAAAGAGCUGCGGCUGGAGUCCCCGACCCGCUCCCUGUUCAUGGAGGCCCCUAAAGGGGUGCAGCUCUUGGCGGAGGUGGGGGACAUCCAGGCCAUAUGCAAGAACGAGCUGCGCCUGGAGUCCAAGGAUGGAGAGAUCAUCCUGGACGCCCGUGAGAUUCGGCUGCUCAGGCUGCCGGAGGGGAAGGCCUCCAUGGCCGCGUCCCGUCAGACCGUGUUCGAGGUGUGCGUGUGCUCCAACGGGAAGCUCUUCCUCUCCCAGGCCGGGACGGGCUCCACCUGCCAGAUCAACAACAGCGUUUGCCUCUAGAGAGCAGCAGCAAACCGGCCUCCGUUUCGGCAGGGGCUGAGGGGAGGAGCCUCGGCGGUUGCUAAGAGACACUCUGAGUGACAGCUUUUCUCCCCCCGAACCGACCUGAGAUCAGUUUCAGUACCAGAACGACUAGGGUGAUCACCGCGUCGCUAUAGUUACGAAUCACACACACCGUGCACAUGCACACCCCUGCCCCGCCCCCGCCCCCUCCCAC